GGACACAUCAACGUGCAUAAGGACAGCCUGUUCCUUCCUGGGGCAUGUCGUGCGUCACAAGUGACGUGACCUCCGGGUAGGAUUUGUAUGGUGCUGAACGUGUUCAAAGGUUUAUUCUACAAUGUUACAAAAGGAAUUCCACGGGGAUCUGCAACUAGCUCUUCAACUUUCCGAUUGUGUAGCAGAAUGCCUUGUGAGGUAAAGCCUCGGUUCCUGGUUCUGUACGGGUCUCAGAAAGGCCAGGCCCAGUCCAUAGCCGAGGGGAUAGCUGACGAGGCCGAGGAGAGGGGACUGUUUGCUGACAUCUGCUGCUUGAGCGAAGGAGACAAGUUUAACUUGGAGAAGGAGAGUGCUCCUGUGGUGUUCGUUGUGUCUACCACUGGGGAUGGGGACCCACCAGACACGGCCCUGAAGUUUGUCAACAGAAUCAAGAAGAAGACCCUGCCCAGCGACCUCUAUGCACACCUCUGCUAUGCUCUUCUUGCUCUGGGUGAUACGAACUAUGCAAAUUUCUGCAACUGUGGGAAGACUAUUGAUGACCGUCUACAGGAACUUGGCGCUAAACAUUUCUACGCAACAGGACAUGCAGACGACGGUGUAGGGCUUGAGUUGGUGUUGGACCCCUGGCUUGAAGGACUGUGGGAGGCCAUCAGAGGAGCGUUAUCCAAGAUGGCCGCCCCUCAGCCUGAGAGCGAUGGCCAUGUUAGGGACCUGAAAGCAUCGUCGAACGAAACGCUCGAAUCGUCAGCGACAGACAUCAAACUCCACCUCCUGAGUCUCAACGAAUCAGAAUACCAGAGCGCAGACUCCCUCAGAACAGCAGCGAGUGCUAAGACUGAUUCUCUGGCUGUUUCACCAUCAGAGACAGGGAGCACAGUCACAGGGACUGCUCUUAAACUUGAUGGUGUUGUCUCUGAUCCCAAGUCAGUGUUGGAGACACAGAGUGGACAGACCGGGGCUCCCCGUGCUGUUGUAGAGGCUUCUCUGACACGCUCCUUGCCCCCGCUGUCUGAGUCUGCCCUCAAUGUCCCAGCUCUGCCUCCACCCUACCUGGAUGUGACACUUCAGGAAGCCACCAUAGAAGAAGAGACCAGUACUCCGCUCAGUAAGGAGACACUUCACGAGGUUCCCAUCUCAAGGGCAUUCCAGCUGACCAGAGACGACUCCGUUAAAACAGCCCUUCUGAUUGAGAUGGACAUCUCAGCCCACCCUAUGGCCUACCAGCCUGGAGACUCGCUUGAUGUGCUCUGCCCAAACAGAGCCUCCGAGGUGGUGGAGCUGCUCCAUAGACUGGGCUUACAGGACCAGAAGGGCCACCGCGUCCAGCUCUCACUGCGCAAAGAAACCAAGAAGAAAGCUGCUCAGAUCCCCUCCUACAUCCCAGAGAACAGCACUCUGCACUACCUGCUUACCUGGAGUCUGGAGAUCAGGACUGUCCCUAAGAAGGCGUUCCUCCGUUCCCUGGUGGAGUGUACAGGAGACAGUGGUGAGAGGAGGAGACUACAGGAGCUGUGUAGUAAACAGGGAUCAGCCGACUACAACCUCUAUGUCAGAGACCCCAGCCUCGGCCUAUUGGACCUGCUCAGGGCUUUCCCCGCCUGCCAGCCCCCUCUCAGCCUCCUCAUAGAACAUUUGCCCAAACUGCAACCAAGACCGUACUCCGCGGCAAGCUCCAGUUUAAGACAUCCAGGUCGGCUGCACUUUGUGUUCAACAUCAUAGAGUUCCCAGCAUGCACUGGGAGACCAGUGGGGAAGCGAGGCCUGUGUACUGGUUGGCUCUCUGACCUCGUCGAUCCCAUCCUGGUGCAUCCUGGGAAGGCUCAGUCUUCCAGCACCUCAGCCCUCCCAAAGGUCCAUGUGAGUCUGCGUCAGAACUGCUCCUUCCGCCUGCCCUCUGACCUCUCCAAACCCCUCAUCAUGAUUGGACCAGGCACCGGGGUUGCGCCCUUCAUUGGAUUCCUACAACAAAGGGAGAAGGAGAGGGAGGGAAACCCGGAGGCUGAGUUUGGUGAGACCUGGCUGUUCUUCGGUUGUCGCCAUAGAGACCGAGACUUCCUAUUUAGCACUACCAAAACAACACAAAGCCAUGUGAAGGCCCGUACACCAAUCAAAGCGAUGCAUCCUGAGUAGAUUACAAAGCGAUGGAUUUGUCCCAGAAAUCAUGAAAGAACAGAUCAAAGAAAAAUCUGCCUGUAUUUGUUUAUUUCCUUCCGUCUCUUUGUUAAAUAAAUCCUCACAGCCAGGCAUCCUGGGCUGAUGGUUGUUUGUUCACAGGGGGAAUUCAACCUAACCCAACUUUGGCCAUCAGUGGGGGUCUGAAACAUGAACUGAUAGAAAAAUAUAGUAUUCCCUUUGAUGCUAAAUAUAUCCUGUGGUCCUAGGCCAAACCUUGACAUCCUGGGUGUGACAUUAAUAUCACAGUGUUCUCCUAUAAAAAACUAACUCUGGGAUCAGCCCUAAUCAACCCCAACACUUAACAUAUGUGUUAGAGGGUGACACCAAUCUGACCUCCAGUCAGUUACUCAGACCCCCUGAUGUUUGCUCCCUGUCCCUCCAUCUUAUUCCCUUAUUCCAUGGAUAGUGAUUUCAGUGCAGAGGGGAAGGGGGUUUACAUUUUUACAUUUUAGUCGUUUAGCAGACGUUCUUAUCCAGAGCGACUUACAGUUAGUGAGUGCAUACAU